AUGCCAGUGGUGGACGGGGGCGGCAGCGCCGGUGGUGUUUCGACGGCGGCGGCCGCGACGGGAAGAAGCUACGGCGGGGUGCCGCCGCCGCCGCCGCCGCCGCCGCCGCCUGCGGGCUCCGCGGAGGUGCUUGAGGAGCGGCUGGCGGCGGAGAGAGCGUUCAGUAGCAUGGACCAGAACUCCGGCAGGGUGUCCGCCCGUCGCUUGGAGGAGCUGCUGACCCUGUUGGGCAUGCCGGCGGCGCAGAGGGGCGCGAAGGCGACGGAAUCCGCGAGGGCGGCAGGACUUUUGAGCGCGCCUUCUUUUUCUUGCCAGGAGUUCGUGGAUUGGUACCUAUCCUGGUUGUUCAAGGAAGAGGGGCCGCCUCGCGAAGGCGCGUCCAGCAACGGCACGGCGGACGGUCGGCCUCCCAUAUACCGGCCCUUCCCGGGGACCAAUGGCGACGAUGACGGUUCCUUGUUGUCAUCGUCCUCGUCCUCCGAUGAUGAUGAUGAUGAUGAUGAUGAUGACGAUGACGAGGAUUCUAACGCGGGCUCUGGUGCUGCUCCACCCAGCGACUACGGCGAUGGCCCACUUCGCGGCGGCGAGGAGAGGCUCGGGCGUCUCUCGCUGGCCAGCAGCGACGGAGACGAUGAAGACGGCGGCGCGGUGGCGGCGGCGGCCACGGCGGCUCUGCGGGCGGCAGCAGUGGCGUACGCUUCACGCUCCUCAAGCAGCAGCAGCAGCAGCAGCAGCAACAACAACAACAAUAUUAGUGCCAACAACGAAAACUCCGACCCCAGCUGCCCCCAGCGCAGCAAGCCUCGGCAGGCGGCGGCGGCGGCGGUGGGACGCCAGAGCGGCGGUGCGGUGGGCAGCGGCGGUGGCGACGGGGAACACUGUUCAGAUCACGUCGUCGAGAACGGCAGCCGGCCUACUCAAGAGACCGGAGAAGGGACUUCCUCUUCCACUGGCGAAGUGUCAGGGGCAACCUCUUCGGAGGCAACUCGCCCUCCGGAGUCAUCAUCCGCCGCCGCGGCUCCAGCGACACCGCUGCCUAGGUUCCAGUUCGGGGUGCCGUCGCUGCAGGGGACCAGGGCGCCCGGAAGCGGGGCGUUGUCGUCGGCGCACCGGGCCCACGGGCGCGGGGCGCCCGGCAGGGGGGUAAAGAGCGCGCGCGCCGGGAGCGCUCGUGGUAGCAGCGCUAGCGUAUUAUCCGCGGCGGCGGCGGCGGGGAAGGCCCCGCGCGUCGGUGGUGCCGGUGGCGGUGUUGUUGCAAUGGAGAAACCGCCGCCGGCUGCCCCGAGCUCGCCGGCGGAGAUGAUGGACGUGUCGGAAUCGCCCCUGAACCCGGUGUUUGGCUCGAGCAACUCUCCGGGCUUCGUGUUUCAGGCGGGGCAGCCGAGAGCGUCGCCGUCUCAGCAGCAGCAGCAACAACCGCCGCCGCCGUCACCGCCGCCCGCAUACACCGCGAUGCCUGUUCCGCCAGCAGCAGCAGGGGCAGCGCCGGCUCCUGCUCCGACGUCAGCGGCGGAUCCCGGCAUCCCCCCAAGGGCGUUCGUUUUUGGAUCGUCCGCGCCGGUGGGCGGGGUGAAGGCCAUCCCUUCCCCUUCCACGGGACUGAAACCCAUACCGUCUCCUUCCGCGGGGCGGUUCUUCAACGUGGGAUCGUCGGUGACGCCGUUGUCCCGGUCGACCGCGAUGCCCCAGGCUCGCCCGGCGACCCCACCGCAGUCUCGCCCGCCCGCGUUCACCUUCGGCGGGAAACCCAACGGGGUGCCGGCGACGGGACGGCAGCUGACGCCCGCGGGGUCGUCGUUGCCAGGCGGCGGGGUCACGUUUUCCACGGGCACAGUUUCGAACGCCGGGCCCGGGCGCAGAGGGCAGAGAGGCAGGCCGACAUCGGCGUCAUCGUUGGCGACACCUUCGAGGUCCUCGAACACCCCGCCGCCCCCGCCAGGAGAGCGGGACUGGCACGGUAGUGGUGGUGGUGGUUUUGGGGCUGUCGAGCAAGAGGGGCUGAAAGGGGUAGGCGCUCAGGAUACCUUCACGGGUGAGACCGAUCAGCGGCCAGCGGCGACGCCGUUGAAGUCCCCGCUAGCAACAGCCACCAGCUUCUUCGCGUCGAUGCUCUCCCCCCGACGAAAAGCCGCCGCCGCCGCCGCCGCCGCCGCCGCUGCUGUUACGGCUGCGGCUGCUGCGGCCGCUCAUGAUGAUUAUGCCGAUGCUGCUUUCCCUGACCAGACAGCGACAACAAGCGCCGCCCCCGCUGGUGCUGCUUCGGCGCCAUCAGGGGCGGUAGCCAGCGCGCAGGAGAACUCCGCCGACCAAGAAUCGGCACCGGGGUACCAGCCCCUCCGGGAGCACGUGGUGCCCCCACCCCUGUGGACCGCGCCAGGCCGCGGCGAUGGGGGCCGCGGCACCGGCGGCGGCGGUGGUUCUUCUUCCUUCGCGCCGGAGCAGUCGCCGCCUUCCGCGGCCUCGUCGCCGUUCUCCCCGAUGCCUUCCUCCUAUUGCGCCUCCUCCUUCUCCCCCGUGACCGCCUCUCCGAGCUCGUCGGCGUACUUCACUCCGGAGGGCGCGGCCGGGCGCAGGACCUCCGCGGCGCCGCCGCCGCCGCCACCGCCGCCGCCGCCUGCGGCGGGAAGCGGCGGCGGCGGUCGGCGGAGCUCCUCCUCUUCCUCCUCCUCGGUGCGGAAGAUAUCGGCGAGGAACCUGGCCGCCGCGGCGGCCGCGCGAGGGGUUUCGUCAGAGGAAGAAGGACCGGCGAUCAAUGGAGAGCGGCGGCAGCAGCGGCAGCAUCCUCCCCCGGGGCGUUACCCCCCCGCCGCCGCCGCCGCCGCCGCCGCCAAGGUUCAGGUUCAGGGCCGAUGCGGCGGGCCAGCAGGAGCGAAGGCAGGACGGGGGCACCGCCACGGGUAGGAGCUCCGCGCAGGAGUUCAUGCAGC